UUUAUAAAUACGUGCCUGAAGUCUUUGGUGGUUGAAAAGUACGGUGAAGAAACAUGGGAAAAAUUAAGACUGCAGGCUGGAGUCCAAGAUUCUUUCUUGACUUUUGAGGUGUACAAAGAUGAGAUCACAAUGCAGCUUGUUGACAAAGCCUGCAAAAUAUUAGCAGUUUCCAAGCCUUUCUUACUCAUUAAGGUAUCUUUUGCUGACAUGGUUCUGAGGGAGUUUGGAGAGUAUUUCUUUGAAUUCUGUAAACGCUCAGGCUAUGACCACAUGCUGAGGACACUGGGUGGAAAUCUCUACGAGUUCAUAGAGAACCUGGAUGCAUUGCACAGCUACCUGUCCCUUUCUUACCAGGAAAUGAAUGCACCAUCUUUUAGAGUAGAAAAGAAUGAAGACGGGUCAAUGCAUUUACAUUACUAUUCAGACAGAAGAGGUCUGUGCCAUAUUGUGCCAGGAAUCAUCGGUGCAGCAGCCCUGGAUUUUUUUAACAUUGAGAUUUCAAUGGAAAUAGUCAAUCAAACAGAAGAAGAAGAGGAAGAAAGAACUGGGAAAAAAGAGCAUAUUGUUUUUCUUGUCACUCAAAACCCUGUAUUUUCAUACAAGGAAAGAAAUGACUUUUCUUCCUCACCUCAGUAUCUUGCUGACUCUGAAAAACAAAUUGAGAACCAACUGAAUAAAGAGGACCUUGAAAAGGCCAGGAAUACAGUUAAUGGCAGAGGAAACUCUCUUUGUCCUGUCAAGAAAAGUCACUGGAAAACAAUAAGAGGAAUAAUCACAUUAGGAAAAGGUAAGCUCCUGAGGGGGUUUGAUCCUGUUUACCCCAAGAGCCUCUGGAUUGACACAAAAACAUUUUGCAAUGGACUUCCUUUCCAUAUGGUUUUUGACAAAGAGCUCAGAGUGAAGCAAGCUGGGGUGAGCAUUCAGAAGAUUGUACCUGGCCUUCAGACCAUGGGCAUCCGCUUGGAUCACUAUUUCAGUAUUGUUCACCCAGAAGUACCCUUCACCAUCUCUAGCAUUCAGAAAUUCAUCAACAGCCAAUUUGUCUUCCAGACUAGAAGAGAGAUGAUGCCAGAGUCAUGGAAACAACGGCCAAUGCUAGAGCUGAGAGGCCAGAUGAUCUGGAUGGAGUCCCUGCAGUGCAUGCUCUACCUCUGCUCACCUUUGCUUCGCACUUUGCAUGAACUGGAGGAGCGGCAGAUGCAUAUCGCAGACAUUGCGCCCCACGACGUGACCAGGGAUUUGAUUCUUCUCAAUCAACAGCGACUGGCAGAGAUGGAGCUCUCUAACCAGCUGGAGAGGAAGAAGGAAGAGCUGCGAAUACUGUCGAAGCACCUGGAGGAAGAGAAGAAAAAGACUGAAGCUCUGCUCUAUGCCAUGCUUCCUCAGCACGUGGCCAACCAGCUGAAAGAAGGGAAGCGAGUUGAGGCAGGAGAGUUCAAGGAGUGCACUGUCUUGUUCAGCGACGUUGUGACCUUUACCAACAUUUGUGCCCAGUGCGAGCCUAUUCAGAUAGUUCUCAUGCUAAAUUCAAUGUACCUGCGAUUUGACAGGCUGACCACCGUGCAUGACGUGUACAAGGUGGAGACAAUUGGAGAUGCCUACAUGGUCGUAGGUGGGGUCCCUGUGCCUGUACCCACUCAUGCUGAGCGAGUUGCUAACUUUGCCUUGGGGAUGAUAAUAGCAGCUAAAGGAGUACAGAACCCAGUUUCUGGAAACUCUAUCCAAAUUAGAGUUGGGAUCCAUACAGGUCCUGUCUUGGCUGGAGUUGUUGGAGAAAAGAUGCCUCGUUAUUGCUUAUUUGGAGACACGGUGAAUAUAGCUUCCCGGAUGGAGAGUCAUGGUGUCCCGAGUAAAAUUCAUCUCAGCUCCAGUGCCUAUCAAUGCCUAAAAUACAAGAAUUUUGAGAUGGCCGAAAGAGGAGAAAUAGAAGUAAAAGGCAAAGGGAAAAUGCACACAUACUUCCUCAUUAGAAAUAAAACUGCAACGGAGAAUGAGAUUAUGGGAAGGCCAAUGAGAGACUUAGAUUCUGGCCAUGAACCAGUUCAGUCCUUUCAAGAAGUGACUCAGACGGAGAAGGACCAGACCCCAGCCAUUGCAAUGAAGUACAUUGAUGGACCCACAGAUGGACAAAACAGCCUCAAAAGAAGAAAUCAAGCGAAAAUUGCAGAUUUAACAGGCAAAACUUAUGAUUCUAAAAGCGAUGGGAAUCUCCAUGGCAACCAGCAUGCAGAUGAUGGUCCUUGUCCUCUAAACCGGGGAAGAGUCAAACCUGCUACUGAAGAGCCGCAGAUUAGAAACGUUCGCUCUAAUUUUUGCACUUUACUCUAA